AUGAGCAGUCUGAGUGCAACACCUCAAGGGCCUGUCCCUUCAGAGUAUGUUGCGAUUGGAAACCUUCGUGUGAAUCCAGUCCUUCACCACACUGUGGAGACAACUGUUUGCCCAGGCACGGGCUUCAGCUCAAACUACUUUUGGACCUGCUUAGAUCGGGUGGUUGCAGAGCUACGGCCUGAAGUUGAAAGAUGCUUGGUCAAACGUGAUGAGCUCCAGAGCAAGAUCGACUCAUGGUAUGAAGAAGGCAAGAAGCGUGGAGCUGACCUGACCCAGCCAGAAUUUCGGCCAGCCUGUCGCGAAUUCUUGAAAGACAUUGGCUACCUCUGCGAAGACAAAGGGCCUGUGAAUGUGACGACCCAGUUUGUGGAUGAUGAGAUUGCAAGAGUACCAGCACCUCAGCUGGUCGUUCCCUCAGACAAUGCACGCUAUGUGCUGAAUGCAGUCAACGCUCGGUGGGGAUCACUGUAUGAUGCACUCUACGGAUUCGAUGUGAUCCCUGCUUACGCUGUCACCAGCAGUGGAGUUGAAGUGAAUUCCGCCAAAGGAGGUGGAUACAAUCCAAUGCGAGGGGAGGCUGUGAUCGAUUUUGCCAACGGAUUCUUGGAUGAGAUUGCGCCUUUGGCUGGAGGCAAAUGGUCUCAGGUGUGUCGAUUGUGGCCCAAAUUUGUGGGUACGGUCCAGAGACUCGAGCUUUUGCUGGAGGAUGGUUCUACAACAAGUUUGAAGACCCCUUCUCUUUUCGUAGGAUCUCAGGGCAAUCUUGGACCUCCAGAUGCCGACCCAUCAAAGAACCAGGCCGCUGGCCCGAGUUCCGCCCCAAGCGUGCCUGACCAGGGGCGCAUCUUUCUGAAGCACAAUGGUUUGUACAUGAUCUUGGAGAUUGACAGAAGUCAUCCGAUUGGGAAAGCUGCUUUGAGCGGGAUCAAGGACAUUACAGCAGAAAGUGCUCUCACAGCCAUUUUGGACAUGGAGGACUCAGUGUCUGCCGUUGAUGCUGAAGACAAGUGCAGGAUUUAUUCAAACAUUUGUGGCAUCUUCAAGGGGACAUUGGAGGCCCCAUUCCUCAAAGAUGGCAAGGCGAUGACAAGAAAGAUGAACCCAGAUGUUUGGUACCGUGAUGACAAGGGAAAUGUGUGCACAAUCCCUGGACGUGCUCUGGCGCUCGUGCGAAAUGUUGGACAUCACAUGUUCACCGACAUGGUUCUGACAGCGGAUGGAAAGCAAGUUCCAGAAGGCUUUGUUGACUGCAUGGUCACCACUGCAGCGGCUUUGCAAGAUCUCAGAGGAACUGGCCGCUUGAUGAAUUCAAGAGAGGGAUCAGUCUACAUUGUGAAACCCAAGCAGCACGGACCAGAUGAAAUCGCUUUGACCAGUCGUCUCUUCGGCCGAGCUGAGCAAUUCUUUGGGCUUCGCCGAAAUACCAUCAAAAUGGGAAUCAUGGAUGAGGAGCGUCGCACAAGCGCCAAUCUCCGAGAAUGCCUCCGGCAAGCAGCAGAGCGUGUGUUCUUCAUUAACACAGGCUUCCUUGACCGAACUGGAGAUGAGAUCCACACGUGCAUGCUUGCUGGGCCUGUGGUCAGAAAAGCGGACAUGAAAAAGCAAAAUUGGAUCCAGUCAUAUGAAGCAGGUAAUGUAGACGUUGGGCUUCAUUGUGGCUUGCAAGGGCGAGCCCAAAUUGGGAAAGGCAUGUGGGCCAAGCCAGACAGCAUGAAAGACAUGCUCGAUGGCAAGAUCGCAGAGCUAAUGGCAGGUGCCAGCACAGCUUGGGUUCCUUCGCCUGCUGCAGCCACAUUGCACAGUUUGCACUAUCACCACGUGAACGUGCCUGAGCGUCAAAUGCAACUUGCCAUGCGCCCAGCAGCCAAGAUUGAGCUGCUACUGGAGCCUCCUCUUCUUGGCCAGAAGCUGUCUGAUGAAGAGAUCCAGCAUGAGCUGAAGGAGAAUGCUCAGAGCAUUCUGGGCUAUGUCGUUCGUUGGAUCGAUCUUGGCAUCGGCUGCUCAAAAGUGCCCGACUUGAGCAACAUCGGCCUUAUGGAAGACCGGGCAACGCUCCGAAUCUCCUCGCAGCUAAUGGCAAAUUGGCUUCAUCACGGUGUUGUGUCAGAAGCCCAGGUCAGGGAAACAUUCCUUGAGAUGGCCAAGUUGGUAGAUCAGCAAAAUGCUCGUGAACCAGGGUAUUUGCCCUUGUCGGUGAACCCGGAUGCAUCACCAGCUUUCCAAGCUGCGUUGAAACUCGUAUUGGAGGGCAAGCGAGCACCCAAUGGUUAUACGGAGUACACGCUGCAUGAGGCCCGCAAGAAGGUCAAGGGUGAGAUUGGUGGAAGAGCAAAGAUGUAA